GGAACAAGAAGCAAUUCUUGUUUUUAUUUAAAGAAGUCAAUUUUAUUUUCAAAUAUGAUUCCUUUAUGGUUCCUUCUGAUUCUCGUUUUCUUUUUGAAAGACGCUUUUCACUAGCCAUGCAUGAUCUGCGAGGUCAACUUUCGGAACCGUAUUAUUACUGUAAGUAGCGAUUAGUAUUGUCUUAAAAAAGUCUCCUCGCGAAGCUAGAAAACCUAGAAUUCUUUUCGAACAGAUACAAGUCCUCACAUAUCGUUUGCUAGAUCGCAUUGGUUUUGGCGUUUCUUUAAAAACAUCUUUGAGUUUUUCUUUCCAUGAAAAAGAAAGCAAGAAUGAGUGCCACUAAAACGCGAGAGCACGCCAAUUGGGAUUGCCAUGUUUCUACUACCAACACAAAAAUGUACAAAAUGAAACGAACCUUGAACAAUAUUGCUACUCAUCUCAUUCACUACCACGAUAAUUAACACGCUCUUUCUCCUGCUUCUUAGUUGACAAUCCUUGCUACUUUUUGUUCAUCCUAAUACGAUAUUUUGGUUUGUUUACAUUUUAGCGCAUCGCUAAAAGUACGCUAUGUGGAUUAGUGAGCGGUGAGCUCCUUUGCAUGAUUUCAUUAUUUGGGACAAAACAUUUCGACCUAAAUCAAAACGUGAAAAAAAGCAGAAUUUUGUGGAUUGCUCCUUUUCCUUCUUUAAGCAAUAAAAAUCUCUUAGAGUUCUUGCUGGAGCGAAUUUUUUCAAAAUGUCACAAACUAGAGUUACUAGAAGGUCACAGAGACAACAGGAAGCCUUGGGGACUAGUUUGAAUAAGCGUGAAUUGGAAGAUCAUGAAGCUCCUGUUCCAACAAAACCAUCGAAGAAGCGUGUUAAGGUUUCUAGUGGUCCUAAACCUAAAAGGACCACUGGAAGAAAACUAAACAGCAUUCCCGCUCUCCCUAAUGAGCUGUUGAAUGUUUUUGUAUUUGGUACCGGUUCCAUGAAUGAACUCGGCAUGGGCGACUUGGACGUUGAUGUCGCUUAUCGACCUCGUCUUAACCCGAAUUUACCUAGAGAUAAAAUCGGCGUCGUUGAUUUAGCGGUUGGUGGCAUGCACUCAGCUGUGCUUUCUCAUGAUGGCCGCGUUUUCACUUGGGGUGUUAAUGACGACUUUGCCUUGGGUCGUCCUACUAAAAACCAAACUGACAAAGAGGGAAACGCAAUUGAUAACGAUUUAUUAGAAGGAACCCCCAGUCAAGUCACUGGCGCUAUUCAGCGUCUUAAAGUUACCAAAGUUUGUUGUAGUGAUAACCUUACGAGUGUUAUCACAGAAAACGGCAGUUGCUUCAGUUGGGGUACUUUUCGUUGUUCUGAUGGUAUUUUGGGAUUCAGCGAAUCUAGCAAGCGUGCCUCAGAGCCUGUGCAAAUGCCGCUUCCCGAAGUUGCACAGCUUGCUGCUGGCACUGAUCAUAUACUUGCUUUGACAACAACCGGAAAAGUUUAUACCUGGGGUAAUGGUCAGCAAUGUCAGCUCGGACGUCGCAUGAUGGAUCGUCGUCGACUGCAAGGUCUAAACCCUGAGCCUCUUGCACUUAAAAACAUAGUAGCUGUUGGUGCUGGUUCUUACCAUUCCUUUGCCAUAAAUAAUAAGGGAAAGGUUUAUGCAUGGGGCUUGAAUAUGACAAAACAAUGCGCUAUUGCUGAUGAAGAAGACGAAGAAGAAGGUAUAGUUACCAAACCUACCUUAGUAGAAGCCUUAGAGCCUUACAAAAUUAAAGCCAUCACUGGUGGUGAACAUCACAGUCUUGCAUUAUUAGAAGAUGGACGAGUAUUGGCUUGGGGUCGUCAAGAUCGUCAUCAACUUGGUAUACCCGAUGAUGCAUUACCUGAAUCUCUUACCAAAGAUGAGAAGGGAUACAAUUACAGUAUAUCUACUCCCACUAUUAUCCCUGGACUCUCGAAUGUUGUCCAAGUUUGCUGUGGUACUCACCAUAGUUUAGCAGUAACUAAUGAUGGUAAAGUAUAUUCGUGGGGUUCGUCUGAGAAUUAUGAGGUUGGACAAGGUGACACCGAUGAAGAAAUUGUAGUACCUACGCUUGUUCGCUCAAAAGCUAUUACGAAUGCUAGUAUCCGAGUUGCUGGUGCCGGUGGUCAAUUUUCUGUGAUUGCUGGUGCUCCUAAUGAACCAGAAACAAAACCUGCCGAAAACGGAGUAAAGACUGACAAUGAAGUAAAGUCUGAAAGUGAGAAUAACUCUACUCCUCCACAGCAAGAAGAAAAUGAAGAAAAGAAGCCUGUCACUUCUGAGUCUACAGAAAUGCAUAUUGACCAGCAACCUCCUACUACCGAAGAUCAAACAACUACCCAGAGUACUGAAGAAAAAAAGGAACCUGCUGAGGAAGCCGAUUCUACCUCUUCUUAAUAAUAUUUCAGCUAUAUAUUACACUAAAAAUAAUAAUUUUGGUUGUAUUGUGCAAAUAAAUGUACAUUUAACGAGCAAACUGCCGUACGAUUAA